AUGGGUGAAGCCCUCAUAUUUCCUGUUAAAUCACCACAUUUUCUGACGAAGUCAUGGAGUGAAUAUGAUGGGUGCAUACCAUUUAUUAUCUCAGAUUUAAUCACUGCUAUCAAAGAAAGAAAUGGAUUCGAAACAGAUGGUAUUUUUCGAGUCAAAGUAGAAAACGUCAAAAUUGACGAAAGAUAUGAAUCCCUAGAUAGUGGUAAAAUGCGAAAAUUCCCCGAAUCAGAUACGGCAAUAUUACUAUCAUGUGUUCUUAAGAAAGUGUUGCAAACUUUAUGCAUGAUCGAUCCUUUAUUUACUAUCCAACAAAUACAAUCAAUUCUACAAAUUGUCGAAACAAAGAGUGCAAAUGAAGAAGAUCUUAUCAACGAGCUUCGUCGCAUUGUAAUAGGUAUGGAUAAAUCACAUAGAUGCAGUGCAGCUUAUAUAAUAAGCUUUUUGGGAGAAUUGUCGCAGCAUUCAAAUACAAGGAUGGAUGCAGAAAAUCUAUCCAUAUGUAUUGGUGUCUGUAUCUAUCCAAAAGCUGAUGCUACAUUCGUAAUGAAGUUACAGAAGUUUCUACGGCCGCUGAUUGAACAUGCUGACAAAAUUUUUGAAAAAGAAUGGUAUUCAGAUGAUAAAAUCAUGACUGAUGAACAAAUAAUCAAAUAUUCUCGCCCGAUUGUUGAACAGUACGAUAUACAAAUUGAAUCUGAACGAAGAUUAUAUCAAUCGUUAUCAAAAAUACCCAUAGAUCAGAAAUACAACGAAGAAAUCCUAGAAUACCAUUAUCCUAUAAUAAUUGAAUAG